CUCGCCACGUGGAGCGCGGGCCCGAUUCUCAGAAGGCGCCUACGCCAUUGCCGCGGCGCAACUCCGGGCCGGCCCCUUGCGUCGCGUCAACAGCGGAGGCCGCGCGGCCUGGGUUUAUUCCAACGCUGUGGACGUAACGUCAUCCUUGCGGGACGUGGACGGAAGAAAAGGGAGUGUAAGCCGGCUCCAGAAUCCGUCCGCGUGUAGUACGGGCCGGGCGCCGGGGCUGGGCGACUGCGUUCAGGAAGGUCGUGUCCAGCCUUCAGCCAUCAGACAUGUUCGUUCUUGGAGCAACAUCCCCUUUAUCACGGUACCCCUCAGUCGUGCGCAUGGCAAGUCUUUUGCCCACCGCAGUGAGCUGAAGCAUGCCAAGAGAAUCGUGGUGAAACUCGGAAGUGCCGUGGUGACCCGAGGGGAUGAAUGUGGCCUGGCACUGGGGCGCCUGGCGUCUAUUGUUGAGCAGGUGUCAGUACUGCAGAACCAAGGCCGAGAGAUGAUGCUGGUGACUAGUGGAGCUGUAGCCUUUGGCAAGCAACGCUUGCGCCAUGAGAUCCUUCUGUCUCAGAGCGUGCGGCAGGCCCUACACUCGGGGCAGAACCAGCUGAAGGAGAUGGCAAUUCCAGUCUUAGAAGCCCGAGCCUGUGCAGCUGCCGGACAGAGUGGGCUGAUGGCCUUGUAUGAAGCCAUGUUUACCCAGUACAGCAUCUGCGCUGCCCAGAUUUUGGUGACCAAUUUGGAUUUCCACGAUGAGCAGAAGCGCCGGAACCUCAAUGGGACACUUCAUGAGCUCCUCCGAAUGAACAUCGUCCCCAUUGUCAACACAAACGAUGCUGUUGUGCCCCCAGCAGAGCCCAAUAGUGAUCUCCAGGGGGUAAAUGUUAUUAGUGUUAAAGAUAACGAUAGCCUGGCUGCCCGUCUGGCUGUGGAAAUGAAGACUGACCUCUUAAUUGUUCUUUCAGAUGUAGAAGGCCUCUUUGACAACCCCCCAGGGUCAGAUGAUGCAAAGCUCAUUGAUAUAUUUUAUCCUGGUGAUCAGCAGUCUGUGACAUUCGGAACCAAGUCCAGAGUGGGAAUGGGUGGCAUGGAAGCCAAGGUGAAAGCAGCCCUCUGGGCUUUGCAAGGUGGUACUUCUGUGGUCAUUGCCAAUGGGACCCACCCGAAGGUGUCUGGGCAUGUCAUCACAGACAUUGUGGAGGGAAAGAAAGUUGGCACCUUCUUUUCCGAAGUAAAGCCUGCAGGCCCUACCGUGGAGCAGCAGGGAGAAAUGGCUCGAUCAGGAGGAAGGAUGUUGGCCACUUUGGAACCUGAGCAGAGAGCAGAGAUUAUCCAUCAUCUGGCUGAUCUGUUGACGGACCAGCGAGAUGAGAUCCUGUUAGCCAACAAAAAAGACUUGGAGGAGGCAGAAGGGAGACUCGCAGCCCCUCUGCUGAAACGUUUGAGCCUUUCCACGUCUAAAUUGAACAGCCUGGCUAUCGGUCUGCGGCAGAUCGCAGCCUCCUCACAGGACAGCGUGGGGCGGGUUUUGCGCCGGACCCGAAUUGCCAAAGACUUGGAGCUCGAACAAGUGACUGUCCCAAUUGGAGUUCUACUGGUCAUCUUUGAAUCUCGCCCUGACUGUCUACCCCAGGUGGCAGCCUUGGCUAUCGCAAGUGGUAAUGGCUUGUUACUCAAAGGAGGGAAGGAGGCCUCACACAGCAACCGGAUUCUUCACCUCCUGACCCAGGAGGCCCUCUCAAUCCAUGGAAUCAAGGAGGCCGUACAGCUGGUGAAUACCAGAGAAGAAGUGGAAGAUCUUUGCCGCCUAGACAAAAUGAUAGAUCUCAUCAUUCCACGUGGCUCCUCUCAGCUGGUCAGAAACAUCCAGAAAGCUGCUAAGGGCAUUCCAGUGAUGGGGCACAGUGAAGGCAUCUGCCACAUGUACGUGGACUCAGAGGCCAGUGUCGACAAGGUCACCAGACUAGUUAGAGACUCUAAAUGCGAAUAUCCAGCCGCCUGUAAUGCUUUAGAGACUCUGUUAAUCCACCGAGAUCUGCUGAGAACACCAUUAUUUGACCAGAUCAUUGACAUGCUGAGAGUGGAACAGGUGAAGAUUCACGCAGGCCCCAAGUUUGCCUCCUAUCUGACCUUCAGCCCCUCCGAAGUGAAGUCCCUCCGAACUGAGUACGGGGACCUGGAACUGUGCAUUGAAGUGGUGGACAGUGUGCAGGAGGCCAUCGACCACAUCCACAAGUAUGGCAGCUCCCACACAGACGUCAUCGUCACAGAGAAUGAGAAGACAGCAGAGUUCUUCCUCCAGCACGUGGAUAGUGCCUGUGUGUUCUGGAACGCCAGCACUCGCUUCUCUGAUGGCUACCGCUUCGGACUGGAAAAACCUGAAGCAAGAGAUGGUUAGGUAACCUGCCCAAAGUCAUGUGAUCUCUACGCUAUUAACCCAGAAUUUGAAGCCAGUGGUCACCAUCUCCUUGCCGACCACUGCCCCAGGCACCUCGCUUGCUCCUCUCUGCCUGCAGCGGCUCUCCACUGCUGUCCCCUGGCCGGCUCCUUCUCAUUCAGGUUUCAGCCAAAGGCACCUGCUCGGGGAGGCUCCCACUGACCACCCUAUCCAGGGUGCUGCCGCCCUGCCACACAGUCUCCAUCCCAGCACCCUUCGCUGCACCCCAUCACCACAUGGAAUUAUUUGUUGAACUGUUCUUUGGCUGCCUUGCCCACAAGAAUACAAGCUCCAUGAAUUACAUCAGUUGUUCACCACUUCAUCCUCAGGUCCCAGCCCAGUGCCUGCUCAGUGAAGUUGUGAUGAGCAAAGGAGCCCUGCCUCAACUGCACACGGUGCAGAACACCAAGCCAGACCUGGGAAGAGCCCCGGUGCCCCACGUCUGAGGCUGGAGCAGGAGGGAGGAAAAUGAAAAGCUCUCUUUGGUGUAGUCAGCAGCCAUUUCAUGAGCACCUGGGAGCUAGGCGUUCUAGGGAAUACCUAGAACAUGUCCCUUACCAUCUAGGGUUUAAAGGAUACUCGGGGAGAUGAAACCUCUAUACACUGUCGUACACCAGAAACAAUACCCAAAUGUCAGAUGAUGGUACGCAAUCCAGACACAAGAGAGAUAUCGGAGACAGCACUUGUAGUAUUGUCAAAAUGGAUUGGGGAUAAAAUACAAAAGAGAGGCCCACGGUCAGGCCUCUUCUUCUUUUCUUAAAGAAGGGGCCUGACCGUGACUCACAGCAACCAGAGAACAUGUUUAUGGGGACAGUGGAAGUCAGGCUAGCCCAGGGAGGAUGGGUCAGGAGAGGGCAGAGAGAGGGGGCCAAGUGAGGAGAAGGAAGAGACGCAGGCCUGGCGGGUGGUCAGGAAGCAGAGGCUGGGAAAGCCACACCCUCAUCCGUGCUUUUCCACAGGAGCUGAAGUGGGGAUCAGUACAUCUCGAAUCCACGCCCGGGGACCAGUGGGACUGGAGGGACUGCUUACUACCAAGUGGCUGCUGCGAGGCCAGGACCACGUGGUCUCGGACUUCUCAGAGCAUGGAAGUUUAAAGUACCUU